AUGGGCGAGCUGUCAAAAGGAGGCUGGUGGGCCUGGUCCACCAAAAAGAAGGUCCUUAUCCUUGGAGGAAUCGCCUUUGUGAUCGUCGCACUGGGCGUCGGCCUAGGUGCUGGUCUUGGAAUAGGCCUCAAGGGCGGAGACGAUGAUAACGAUGACGAUACCGGUAGCGACACCGGCACGGGUACCACCCCAACCAACACCACCGUCAAAUGGCAGCCAGCGGUUGGUACUAAGUGGCAGAUCGUUCUGAAGAACCCGAUCAACGAUACUUCGGUCGAUGCUCCCGUGUACGAUCUUGAUCUUUUCGAUAACGAGGCCAGCGUUAUCACAGACCUCCACGACCUCGGCCGCAAGGUCAUCUGCUACUUCUCAGCUGGCACAUAUGAAGACUGGCGUAGUGACAAGGACGAUUUCCCCCAGGCCGAUUUGGGCAACAAUCUCGAUGACUGGCCUGGUGAGAAGUGGGUCAACGUCAAGUCUACCAAAAUCCGCAAGAUCAUGCAGACGCGCCUCGAUCUCGCUGUCAAGAAGGGAUGCGAUGGUGUCGACCCCGACAAUAUUGAUGGUUAUGACAACGACAACGGCCUGAAGCUCACCCAAGCCGACGCUAUCGAGUAUGUGAAUUGGCUCGCAUCCCAGUCCCAUAGCCGUGGAUUGUCGAUUGGACUCAAGAAUGGUGGUGACAUCAUCUCCUCUGUCAUUGACAACAUGCAGUGGUGCGUCAACGAGCAAUGCGCCCAGUAUGAUGAGUGUGACACAUAUGCUGCCUUUGUUGAGGCUGAUAAGCCUGUUUUCCAAAUUGAAUAUCCCAAGGGCGAGGACACAAACAACAACAAAGAUGUCACAGCUAAGCAGGUUUCAACCUCUUGCACAGCCACUGGCUCGGGGAACUUCUCGACUGUUAUCAAAAACAUGAACUUGAACAACUGGGUUGAGUACUGCCCAUAA